AUGGCGGACGAGUCGGUGAAGGCAGACCAAACGACGGAAGCCGCGCAGGCUCCCGUCGCCGGCGACGCGACAAGCUCUGGCACUCCCGCGCCUCAAACGCAGCCUGCGGCUCCGACCGAGACGGAGACCCCCCAGAAGGAUGUUCUCAUGUCCGACGCGCCAAUCGAUCAAGCUGCGUCUCCGGCUCCAGCUGCACUUGCACCCAGCCCCGCGCCAGCGAGAACCGGAACUCCUGCGCAGGGCUCACGAGCGCCCUCGGUCCACCCAGAGGCGGGUGUCACCAUGCCUUCAGAGGCCGCACCGCACGGCGACCCGACUCGACGUUAUUUCAACAGCAAGGUGACUGGGGUGCUGCUCGAGGGCAUGAAGCAGUUGGCGAAGGACCAACCCCCUGAUCCUCUACGAGUACUGGGCGAAUACCUCAUUCAGAGGUCGAAGGAGCUUGAGGGGACGAGCUAG